GAAUGUUUUUUUAGUACACAACAUAACCAAAAUGGCAACACAAAGUGAAUCAUCGACUUGUCCUGUUUGUUUCAAGGAGUUUCCUCAGGAAACUAUUGAACGACAUGCCAACAAGUGUCUGUUCCUGUCCUCCAAGGAAUCUGAAGAAGAUACCCAGAAAAAGUCCAGCAAUUUCAAGCGUCCCUUCAGUAUUUUUGAGACAUCUCCGUCGACCUCAAAAAAGGCCAGAAUUUCAACUCCCGGAAGCAGCAAGAAGCCGUCGAAUGUGUCUGAAUCAGAUGUGAUAGAUUUGUCUGAUGAUGAGGAAAAUGUUCAGAAUGUUCGAGAAGCACCAAAGCCAGCAACUCCUAAGCCAAAAGAUCCUAACCAGCCAUCCAAACCCUUGGCGGAAGUUGUUCGUCCGGAUGUACUAGAUGAUUACAUUGGCCAGGAGCAUGUUAUGAGUAAGAAUGCUGUGCUGAGGACAGUUUUGGAGAAGAAUGACAUUCCAAGUAUGAUUCUAUGGGGCCCUCCGGGAUGCGGGAAAACAACUCUGGCGCACAUUGUUGCUAGCCAGUGCAAGAAAUCAGAGAAUAUUCGAUUUGUGAAGCUCUCGGCAACCAUGUCAGGAGUGAGUGACGUGAAGAAAGUGGUGGAGACAGCAAGGACAGAUCUUAAGUACAAGAAGAGGACAAUUUUGUUCAUGGAUGAGAUACAUAGAUUCAACAAACUGCAGCAGGACAUUUUCCUGCCUCAUGUGGAGAGUGGAGUGAUCACUCUGAUUGGCGCCACUACGGAGAAUCCUUCGUUCAGCCUCAAUUCUGCCCUCCUGAGCCGCUGUCGUGUGAUCAUUCUGGAGAAGUUGUCCACGGAAGCUCUGGUGAAAAUUCUGGAGCGUGGAUUGAGAGAAUUCGAUGGUGCUUGCUUGGAGGAGAUUGACAAUGCCGAAAAGAUGGAUUUUGCAGUGAAGAUUGUGAUAGAUAGAAAGUCUCUGGUUUGGUUGGCUGAGAUGUGCGACGGAGAUGCCAGAAUCGCACUAAACAGCCUUCAGCUGGCGAUUCAGACACUCACAGCUACAGAAAAUGAGGAUCAGGAUGUGAAAAUUGUAACGCUGGACGCAAUCCGGGAGGGUAUUAAGAAGUCCCAUUUGCUGUAUGAUCGCAAAGGAGAUCAGCACUACGACAUCAUCUCGGCUCUGCACAAGUCAAUCCGGGCGUCUGAUGACAACGCUGCCCUGUACUACUGCGUCCGGAUGAUGGCCGGUGGAGAGGAUCCACGGUACAUCUGCCGUCGAAUGGUGCGAGCUGCUAGCGAGGAUGUUGGCUUGGCGGAUCCCAAUGCUGUCUCCGUGGCUCUGUCAGCUCUCCAGGCCGUUCAGCUCGUGGGAAUGCCCGAGGCAGACUGCAUAGUAGCUCAGUGCGCGGUUUAUCUGGCCAGGGCCCCUAAGUCGGAGGUCUACAAAGCAAUGUUGAAAUGUCGGUCCGAGGACAUUACAAACUGGAAGGGUGCGCUUCCGGCUGUUCCUCUGCAUCUCCGGAACGCUCCCACCAAGCUAAUGCGCGAAAUGGGAUGCGGGAAGGGCUACAAUAUGCGACAGAAAGGCGAGUCCGGACUCCAGUAUAUGCCGGAGGGAAUGGAGGAUCGGGAUUAUUUCUCUUAAUUCCCCAAAGCAUUGUAAAAAAAAAAGUCCUCAGGAAACUGAUAAAAAAUAAAAUGAAGUCUUUUUUUUCUAAAA